UUUCCUUCUUCACUCCUCAAACUUGCUAACUAUAGCACGCAUGGAGGUGAAACUUGGUGCGCAUGUGUAUUACAUCGUUUCCAUGACGACCACAACAACAAAUAGCCUCAGGCACUUUUCUUUAUAAUUACUUCUUCACUCCUCAAACUUGCUAACGGCAGCACACAUGGAUGGUAUGCAUUUCAUUUCCAUGACGACAACAGGCAUUU